GGCAUCGUCUGUAUUCAGUCUUCGGGAGCCGGGUUUGCGGGUUUCAGUCUGAACAGCAGCUGGAGACAAAUUGUGACUGUUGUGAUUUCUCCGCAGCGUGGGAAUGAAGUCUUAGUUAGAUGUUUUAGUUUGAUUUCUCAGUUUCAUAUAAACCUUGAGGAAAGAGCGUGCAGUGGGCUGCAAACUGAGUAUGGAUUUGUCUAGAUUUCAUCCCGUUUUCCUCGUUCUCGUGUGGUUACAGGCCGUAUUGUGUCAUGUGGAGCCUCCAACAAACGUGACACUGCACUGCCGCAGCAAGCACAACCUCCUGACAUGGAGUUACGACCAGCUCAUGCCAGGGCUAAGAUUCAAAGUCUUUAUCGGCUCAACAAGUGGAUUAAAUGGUCAUCCCUCGGAGCUUUGGGUGGAUCCGCCAGCUUUACAAGCUGAUGUCUCAUUUCUGUCUAAAUCGGACAACGACUACUAUCUAGAAGUGUUUGCUGUGGUUGGUAAGAAUGAGUCUGAGCCCAGCCCCCAGGAUGGAAUCAGUUUCAGCUAUUUCAAGGACAGUCUUUCAGCUCAGAAAUGUUUUGUGGACCUCCCGCCGGUUAACGUCACUGCCCCAACAAAUAAGACUGUCAAGUUCAGCUUUAUGCAUCCCUCCCUGUACCUCCAUAUGCUGAAAGCCAGUCCAACUGCAAAACCCAAGAAGAAACGCUAUGACUCGCUGAAAAAUCUACCUGCAUUUGAUUACGAUGUGGUGAUCAUCAACGAGAGGCAUCACUAUGGCUUUAGCUGUGAGGAGAGUGUGUGUGAGAAGAUGCUUCCAGUGGUUGCUCCACAGGAACAAUACUGUCUGGAAAUCAAGGGAGAGCUGGAGAAAAUGUUAGUUAAAGGCACGCAGAAAUACUGUGCUAAGCAAUAUGAAGAAAUUCCAUCUCUAUCAAACAACAUCGUCAUCAUCGUGGUCAUUGUGACCAUUGUGGUGGUCUUGAUUGUGCUUGCUUUGGUCUUAGCCAUGCUGUACAUAAAGAAGACCCGUCCCAAGACCUCUCUGCCACGGAACAUAUCAGAAACAAACAACAACCAACAUAAGCAGACCCUGCCGCCAUUUGAAGAGCACAUCAGUGAAGCAGAAGUGGACUCACCUACACCCCUACUGCCGGCCACAAACUAUGACUUCACACCUGCUGGGACUCCCACUACUGAGGAUGUGUUUCGCAUGGCCCUUGGGAUCUUCCCAAGGGAUGAUGUGUGUCACACCGUGGAGGUAGGGCAACCAAAUGGUGAAGGACCUGGCUACAUGGGAGGCAGGAGUCUGGAGGAGGAUGGGACACAAAACCCCAGUGAUUACCCGUCUGGGUACGAGAAACGUGAAAAGGUGGUUGAAGUUGCAUUAGGGCCAGGUGAACAGGCAGAGGGUUACCGUGGUUGACCGUGGAACCGGCCUCUUCAUUAAAUGUUUGGCCUUGGGUUGAUUGUGGCUCUCUCUUGCAGUCUGCAAUUACUCGACAUUAAAACCGAAAGCUGUUAGAAAUAAAUAUUAAGAGCAACUUUCAGGGGAGCUGUGUCUACAAGUUUUCAUUUGGUUCAGUAGACACCAAAUAAAAGCAAAACCAGGAGCUUUGCACCUUAACAUCAGUUAGUUUUUACUUAAUUUGUCAAGGCAGCACAGCACAAAGCCUUUGUUAAAUAAAUUCCAACAAAGCAGUUGCAACUAGGGCUACAUCAUUAGCCUUAAAGCUAUGAGCUAAGAGGCUCAAGUGCAGUAAUUACCAUACUAAAUCAGACCCAGAACAUUACAGCUCCAUCUUUUAAUUACUUAAUGUCUGAUAUUUGUUUUCAGUUCUCAUGCCUUUUGCUCUAAUCACAAGCCUAUCAUACAUAAUAAAUUGGAAUAAGAUACAUGUAUACGCAUGAUGCAUAUAUAAUGUAAGAGCUGAGACAUAAGGAAAACCAGCUUUAUCUAUGUAGCACAUUUUAUACACAGCUAAUUCAAAGUGCUUUAAAUAGGCAAAGAAAAACAGUAAUGGCAUUAAAAAUAAUCAUUAAAACCAGAAUAAACUCAGUGUUUGUUCUGAGUUGCAGCACGUUAUGUGGUAACUACAUCCUGUAAUCUUUAAUGGGAUGGUAGAUGAGCCCAGUGAUGCCGUACAGAGAGACAGAAAAGAGCACCGCAGUAAAGCAGUUUUCUCUGCAGCCGGCAUCUGAACUCUUCUUGCUUUGACUGUUAUUCUCUCUCCUGUUAGAAGAAAACCUUCCUCCCACAUGUUUGUGCACAAUGUAGUGACCCAGCUUUUGUUGUUGUGAAACAGCAUCAUGAAAACAACUGUAUCCUUCAUUACUUGCAUGUUAUUUAAAAAUUUUCUCACAUUGUAAAGCUGAGAGUGGACUUUGUGGAGCUGAGUUACAUUUCAUAUCUUUUAACAUUUCUGCUCAUCAGCUCCUUCAUCAGAUUAACUGCUUGACAUUAGGCAUAUUUACAUAGACAUCCUGCACUACUGCCGCUCCAGAGAGUUGCCAAUAUGCCGCCCUUGUGCUGUUCAUAUAGAUCGAGCUAAAGGCGGUAGAAUCGUAAGCCAGCCCGUGAAUUCACCAUUCCCAUCUUGAAAAGGCAGUACGUAUUGAAAACUAUAGAUCUUUUCUUUUAAAUUUCUGAAUCACUGCUCAACCUCUUGGAUUGUUUUAUUUCGCCUACAUGGCAGAAUAAACAAAAUGAACAAACCAGCUGUGGAGAGAAAGAAGGAAAUAAAGGUGUUGUGCUAUACUAGACAUGAGCAACCAUCUUUAUUGGACAAAAAGCAACCCAAAGUGUCAUGCACUUUAACAUUAUAUGCCAUAGCAGCAAGGAGACUCAUCACUUUGUCACUGACCAACUUAAUUUAGAGAGGUGAGACUAUAGUUUGCAGCAGUUUCCUCACGGGGAGCCAAGAUGAAGCCUUCAAAGUUGAAGCAGUGAGGUGGUGACGGGGUUAAAGGGGAGAUAGUUUAAAUACCUUGUAAUGAGGAUGAUUACUGGGUGAUGAAGCUCUAGCUCUGUGAGUUAACUGGAUAAUAAGAGUUAGUGUGAUGAGGCCAAUGGAUUUCUACUGCGAUUACUCAGUGAUGUACCUGACCUGGCGAGUUUUGAGCUUUUAUCACGUAUGGAGCAUCUGUACACAUCUGUUGCAUGCAUGUGAGCAUUUCCAUAUUCAUUCAGUCAAAACGUCUGAAUGGCCUCUUGAUAAUUUUUAUUUCAGUGCUUGGAUCAGAUUAAGAUGCUUUAGUUUACAGAAAGGCAGUAGCACCUUAACAUUGUAAUGAAAUAUUUUAACGUCUGUACUGUGGUGUUGAAAUGAAAUAUAUAGCAAAUAUAUGUGAUGUGAGUGACAGCAGAUUUGACUCCUAAUAUGGAGCCAUAGGGAGAAGUUUGCUAUCUUCAUCACCUGCUACUAGAUCAGGAGGAGGAGGAGGAGAGAGGGAGAAAUAAAUAAAUGAUUCUUUGGAAAUAAAAUAAAAUGAUAAAUUUUAAACACAAUGUAUCAAACACUUUAAAAUGAGUGUUGUUCUAGAAUUAUUAACAUUAAAAAACAAAAAUGAGAGUUAACACAGGAUCAGAAGGACAUGAAGUGAUGAUGUUACAUUGCACAAUGUGUUUGUGCCACUUUUUGAGUGGGAUACAUAGCACUCGUUUUAAUUUCAUAUGUAACAUUUGUUGUAUUAAAAAACUGAAGUGGUGUAAUAUGCAAACUGUUUAGGCACUAAAAGUGAGGUGAGAGCGCUUUUAAAUGUAAUGCUGUGAAUCAUUUUUAACUUCAUACAAAGUCCAGACAAUCGUAAAAACCUAAAUCAAAUCGGUUUUUACCAUGAGCAUCUUUUGCCUUACUAGCACUUAGUUUCUCAAGGUAAUCGGCAGGUAGGUUGUUCCAAGCAUCUUGGAGAACCUUCAUCUGUGGAUUUAGGCGACUUGCUGUCUUUUCUGUUGUCAUGAAAUCCCAGACCGAGUCUGUGAUAUUGAGAUCAGGGCUCUGUUGGGGCCACACCAUCUGCUGCUGUAUGUAGCUGCAUAUGUGUCACAGAUCUAAUACAUCCCUGAUGGUUAUUAUGUGAUGGAUCAGAAGUUAAAGUGCCUGGAGUGUUUGCACAGUACUGUAUCUGUUUAUGUAUUAUAUACUGUCUGGCUGGAUAUACAUAUAUAUACACAGAUAUCUUUACAAUUAUGUGCUUUUUAAGUUUUUAUGGUCCACCUUUUUCAGUUUGGAUGCCGCCACAUCAAAAUCCUUUACUCUCUGUAAACUACUGUUUUUGUUUAUUAUUGUAUUUCAUUUUUUUACCUUUACAUCAUUUGAAUAAAGAUUAAAAUGCGAGUUUG